UGUCAUGGAACCUGCAACCCAUGCUCACACAUGCACGCACACACACACACACUCACAACUAGCAGCAUAAUAAAAGUGAGUGAAACGGACAGAAAGAAGACAGACACCUUCAAGACAACAAGAUAGGCAAGCAGGUCAAUCAAGAUGAUGAUGAUGAUGAAGAACCCCAUCAUUCUGGUGACCUGUAUCUUGCUUUUCUCAUCUCUCACCGUCAUGGCAUCUCAGGCCAGCUCUGGUCCAGAUGACUGCUGUUUUGAGUUUUACCCCAAAAGGUUGCCUAAGAACAGGGUGGUGAGGUACAAAUACACAGACCCGCGGUGUUCAAAGGAAGCUGUGAUUUUUACGAUGAUCAGUGGUGCUAAACUCUGUACCAACCCGUCUGAGCCGUGGGUCCAGAAUAUCAUCACCGCCAAAGAGUGGGACCAUACCAACACAGCUCUGGGUGUAAAAUCUAACUGACCCAACGUGUGUUUUAACACCACACUUUAAAGCUCGCUGAGCCAAGCAGAAGUGGUGGUGUAGUGGUAACCUGUGAUUUAUCUACAGCUUUCUCUAUUUUUAUACAGAAUAUUUUUCUAUUAGCUUAAAAAUAAAUGCAAAAUAACUCAAAUAACUUAAUUUUUACUAUCUGUUCUUUUGCCUGUUUUAAUGUGGUUUCAAGUGAUGUAUUGAAAGAUUAGAUAUAAGCUAUUUUCCAAUAAAUCACGUGCUUAAAAUGUUUUCUGAUAUAUUAUUAAAAAAUCAUAUAUGAUA